AAAGAGGGAAAAGAAAAAUCUGCAUGGAUAGUAUUAGGAUUAAAGAAAGAAUUCUAGUGAUGAAUCCAUGGAAUAUUAUUGUGCAGGAACCAGAAGUACAGCCAACAGCGAGCUUAUCAGUUAUGGUUUCUGGGUAUUUUGAAGAUGGCGAGCCGCCAUUGCUGCCCAGAAGCUCGAGCAAAAACAUUAUCAGUCAUGGCGAAGAAGAUGAUGAUGAAGAUGAAGAUAAACCAAGUGAUUCUGUUGAAGAUGAAAAGAGCUUUUGGGAGACCCAGCACCAGGUUUUGCAGGAAACCUUACGCAGAAGCAGUUCUUUGGAGUCGAGAAUCAGAACCGCAACCAAAGACGCAUUGAAGGAAAUUCAGAUGUCUGCAACGUCUUGUUCUUGUAGGAAGUCAACAGUUGCCGCUGCUUGCCGGAAUUGUCUGAUGAGAGAAGUUUCUACCCGUCUGAGAAACGCCAGGUACAAUUGUGCAGUCUGUAAAUCAAAAUGGAGAAGCUCCCCAGAUAUUCCAUCAGGUGGGCAUACGUUUUUGGAUGUGGUGGAGAAUUCAAGUGGGAGAAGGGGAGAAGUGAGGGUGAUAAUAGAGUUGAGCUUCAGGGCAGAGUUUGAGAUGGCGAGAGCAAGUGAAGAAUACAACCGGCUAGUUGAUAGGCUGCCCGAAGUUUUCGUCGGAAAAGUUGACCGGCUGAAAAAUGUGAUAAAGGUAUUGUGUUUGGCGGCUAAGAAAUGCAUGAAGGAGAAGAAAAUGCACAUGGGUCCUUGGAGAAAACACAGGUACAUGCAAGCCAAGUGGCUAAGCAGUACAUGUGAGAGAAUUACAAGCAACACACAAGUUUUGGGGAGUAGUAAUGGUAUAAUUUCUGGUGAGCGAUUGCCAAAGCCAAGAGCUUCCAUGUUAACUGUAGAUUUGCUUGAUAAGUUGCCCAACAUGCAUUGUACAGCUGUUGAGGUUGUAUGAUAAUAUAUAUAUAUAUGUAUAUAUGUAUAUUGAAAGGAAGCAAUGCAGAACCGACUGGGUUUAGCUCAGAUUGGUUCUUGGAUGGCUUGUGUUCUAAUCUUUACAACAGGCCCUUCAAUGGCUAAAGAAAACAGGAAAAGAAAGUGAAACAGGCAGAAAGUUUUUGCAAAAGACAAGGAAACCCUAGAUGGUACACUUUAACCAUCCUUUUUCAAUCAAAUAUGGGAGCAUAUUCACAUCAACAAA